ACUAUGGUAAUGGUUAACCAGAUAAUUCUUGUAGGGGUGGGAAUAGACAACAGUCACAAGUUAUUCUGUCUGCUUUUCUGUGCUUUCCCGCCGUUAAUGACUUGAAUUCAUUCAUAGCAGGACUCACAAUGGAGGACACUACGCAACAAGAGAAACAAGAGACGGAAUAUAAGGAUCCCAACGAGGACCAAGGAGGGAUCCGUCGACGGUUGCGAGACAGGGAUCUACUCAGGAAGAGGAAGGCUGAAGCAGAAGAGAAGGAGACAAACCAGUGGGUUUUUGGGGUGGAGAGUCAGAAGAGAGCAAGAGUUGACAACAAGAGCAGUGCAAAGAGGAGAGGAAGGCCCAGAAAGUCUCAGCUCACUCCAGAGGUAGCUGUCAGUCAGGAGGAGGCUGCAGCCCCUCAGGAAGCCCCUGUAGCACUGCCUGAACCCGCUGAGGUCAUCCCAGAUCAAACAUCGGGCUCUGUGGAGUUACAAACAGCAUCUGUCCUUGCUGAUCCGGCUCCUCUGCCAGUGUUUGGAUCCAUCCAGAAUCCUGUCUUUGCUCCAACUUUGACCUCUCCUGCUCCAGUUUAUCCAACUCCAACCCUCAUUACUCCAUCCAUUUCUACAUUUUCCCCUGAUAAAGUUAUAGAUGCGGCUCCAGUCCCUGUCCAAGAUUUGGCUCCCGGCACUGAUCUAGACGUUGAUGUAGUGUUAGUCCCAGACCCAGUCCCAGACCCUGUCCCCGAUCCAGUUCCAGAUCUUGCACCAGCUGAGACCUCUGUUCAAGCUGCAGCCCCUGCACCCCCUAUACUUCCUCCCCAAGAGGAGACCUUUAUAGGGACACAAGGCAGGGAGGCUCUGGACCAGGUCCUGAUUGAGGACUUAGGCCCUGAUGAGGAGGAAGACAUCACUCUUUCAGAAGAUAAAAGAGAUGACGCAGAUCCGGAUGAGACGCCUUCGUUCAGCGAACCCGAACAAAACAAAAUGUACUCGGUUCCAACCUUGUCCUCGCAGCCUGCUCCACAGGAGUAUCUCCCUGGAAAUUCAGUAUGAAUUGUUUUAGUAAAUAAUUUUCCAACAAAUCCUGUCAGAUUCUAUUUAAAUCAAACCAGGCCAUAUCAUACUACACUUUGUAUCUGAUUAUUAUUUUGGUUAAGAUCACCCAUCUGGUUAAAGAAACCAAACUAGCUAAGCAUAUAAAUUACUCAAAAGAUAAAUGUAAAAAUUCAGACCCAGCCUGUGUGCUUAUUUAUUCUGUUUGUGCUUCAAGGCAAAGCUUGUGGAUUGUAUUUUUUAAGUUUUCAUUUAUGAAUAAGUCUUUAUUUAAAAAAUAAUAGAAAUCACUGGUAAUGAUGAUGUUUUUGUAAUUAUGGAUUUAUAUGAUUGCAUUUUUUUUCACCUAAUAAAAUACACUUAAUCAUU